AUGUUCAUUGAAGCCUCCAACACUGGUACUGUACCUGCGCACUGAAGCCCCCUACACCGCCUCCUGCUGGCUCAGAGCAUGCGCAAGCGGUCUGUUGAAAGGCGGCUCUGUACCGCUGCCGGAGGGGCCAGGAGGCUUGUUGUGAUGGUAACGCUGCGCGCGCUCCCUGAGGGAAGGAGUCUUGACCUGCUGGGGCAGAAUCCUGGCGUGAGACCGUGAGGGGCGAGGCUCAGGAUUAAAUCCAAGGUGAAGGAGAAUGUCAAUAGUCACAGUACAGCUUGGUCAGUGUGGUAACCAGAUUGGUUACGAGGUGUUUAAUGCUAUCUGCAAUGACUUCCACAGCACACAUGGACUGUGCUCCAAGAAGGAGAAUGAAUCCUAUCAGGAAGCUUGCAAGGAACGUUUCUUCAGUGAGGAGAAAACUGGAGUACCUGUUGCCCGAGCUGUGCUUGUUGACAUGGAACCGAAAGUAAUCAGUCAGACCCUCUCAAUAGCUGCUAGGUCUGGCCACUGGAAAUAUGACCAUCAGUCACACUUCUGUCAGAAACAGGGGUCUGGAAACAACUGGGCAAAUGGUUACUCUGUUCAUGGGCCCAGGUACAGAGAAGUUAUCAUGAACCUGGUACAGAAGGAAGCAGAGAAGUGUGACCGACUCAGUGGAUUUUUCACAGUAAUGAGCAUGGCUGGUGGCACAGGAUCAGGCAUGGGAGCCUUUGUGACCCAGUGCUUAAGAGAUGCUUUUCCAACCUCAUUUAUACUCAACCAGGUUAUCUGGCCCUAUGGAACCGGUGAGGUAAUUGUUCAAAACUACAACUCAGUUCUGACACUGUCACACCUGUACCAGUCAGCAGAUGCUCUCCUUGUUCACGAAAAUGAUGCCAUCCACAAGAUCUGUGCUCAGCUAAUGAAUAUUAAAAAGAUCUCCUUCAGGGAUGUAAAUCAAGUAAUUGCACAUCAGCUGGGAAGUGUGUUCCAGCCCACUUACUCCUCAGAAGGUGCCUCACAGUAUAGCAGAAGCCCACUAGGAGACUUAAUGGAGUCUUUAGUUCCCCAUCCUGAAUUCAAGAUGUUGGGUCUUCGUAACAUACCGCAGAUGUCAGAGAACUCCCUGGCAUACAGCACAUUUACUUGGCCUGGGCUCAUCAAACAUCUAAGACAGAUGCUUAUUGCUAAUGCGAAGAUGGAAGAAGGUAUCGAUUGGCAGGUGCGACCACCAUUGCCUGGGCAUCCUGUCCCUCCAAAAGCCUCUCCAAGUAAGGCACUACAUUUUAAUACCUCCAUUGCCAACCUGGUUGUCCUGCGAGGAAAAGAUGUGCAAAGCGUUGAUCUAGGAGGUUUCAGAGAUCCAGCAUUGUAUACAUCCUGGCUAAACCCUCAAGAGGCCUUUAAAAUAUGGAAAACACCAAGAGCCUUUAACAAGUAUGAAAAAUCUGCUUCUUUGGUCAGCAACAGCCAGUUCCUGCUGAAACUUAUGGACAACAUUGUGGGGAAAGCUUGGAAUAUGUUUGCUUCCAAAGCUUAUGUUCACCAGUACACUAAGUUUGGGAUCGAAGAGGAGGACUUUCUGGACUGCUUCACAACUCUGGAACAGGUUAUCUCUAGUUAUGCCAGCCUUUGAUUUUUCAGCAACUUACAACUAGGGCUUUGUCAGGGGGAGUACACACUGAAAGGCUUUCUGUGUCAGCUUCCCCAAGUUGAAGUGGCUAAGGGAGGUGCAGGAGUGUAAAUGCUCUUUUUGUUGUUGAAGGAAUAGUUGUCUACAUCAGGACUGAAUCUGUUCCUUGUCUCCCAUACAGACAAGUGUAUUUUGUAUACAAUGAAUUUAUACAUUGAAUAUUUAAUAAAAAAGUUUUAUUUUUCA